AAGUCACCAACUCCCUACCUUCAAUCAAGGAUACUCUAUCAACCUAGGCAGAUAUUCUCAUUCUAGGUUAAAGCAGAAACAACAGGAAUUUGAUCAGGAUUCAAGUCAUUCAAUCAUUAAAACCUCAAUCGAAUAUAAUCAAUCACAGAAUCAGUACUUGGGUUCAUACAAUCAAAGCCUAACAUACAAAUCUAGGGUUCUCCAUACCCAGAUGAAUGGGAGAACUACUCCAUGGAGAAGAAAGCAAAAGCAGAAUCAGACACGGAAUUCAUACUGCGAAGGACGGAUUCCGGCUCCUGGACGUUGAUUGGCACUUCUCCAAGCUCGAGCUGGCCUCCAAUGGUGUUGAAGAUCAAUCUAGGGCACUUGGGAACUCUUGCUCGUCACUUUCUCUCUCUAGGAAUCGUUCUAUCUCUCAAAAACUCGAAUCCCCCUCUGUUUGGCUGAAAAUCUGCUUAAAAGGGCAUCAGCCAAAGCACGGUCGAGGGCACGGCCGUGUAAUGCCUCAGCCCGCCCGUGCUUUGGCUAGUGUUAAUUACACGGCCAGUGCAUUGGGAGAAACACGGCCGUGCUUUGGUGGAACACGCCCGUGCUUUGGCAGAACACGCCCGUGCUUUGUUUUGGCCCUGCCCGUGUAAUCAGCUCAGCUCUCGGCAUAAAAAGCACGGCCACAGAACACGGCCGUGUACUGUUUUAGGUGUGCCCGUGUUUUGGCUCCAGCUUGACGAAAUGACCUCCGAAUGCCUCGAAACUCGCGCUUAGCCUUCCCUUUGACACCUGGGACCUGAAACAUGACAAAAUAGCACAACCCGGCGUAAAAUAGGCCAAAAUACACGACUAUGCCCCUCAAACGGAUAAGAACUAAGGGCGCAAAUAUGUGCAAUUACAUCGUUAUCAGUCUUCCUCUAUUCAUCAUCAACGGCGACAAGCCGAGUUGCAGAGAGACCAAUCAGCUGCUUAAGUGAAAUGAUUACCAGAAGAAGGAUGGGAAAAAGGGACUUGAACAGAUGUGAAACUCAGAAAGAAACACGAGCUAGCAAAUUGGGUAGUUGAUGAUUGCAUUUCACUCGCCAAAAAGCACUUUAAAACUAAUCCACAAACCUACCCCGCCAUGCCCAUGGCCACACAGAGGGUCCAACCCACAGUUUGUAAGCAGAACAAAGAGAGAGAGAGAGAGAGAGAGAGAGAGAGAGAGAGAGAGAGAGAGAGAGAGAGACAACAAUAGACUAAUCAGAGUUAUUAGUCAAUUGCAGCAGCUUUUCCCUCCAUCCCCAGAAAGAAGUCGGACGGAAAACAGAGAGACGCAGAGGACCUGGGUUGAUUCACUAACACAGGCAGCUAGGGAAUGAACGGGAUCAGUGAUCAUCAAAGGAAGAGAAAUCAAAGAAGCUCCCUCAACAGCAGAUCUACUCGUUUGUUUCCCGUCUUGAGCGCAUCUCACAUUAAUGCCCAAACCCAUUUGCAGCCCUGCCAGAGUCUCCGAACCCAACAAACAGCGCGACCAACACCAUCACCGCAGUCCCUCUGCCGGCGCCGACGCCCAAAAUUACCAACACCGGUUGAUGAAGAAACACAGGCCGAUGCUAUGGGGGGAGACGAAGCAGAGCAACAAACAGGUUCGGGUACGUAAUAUCUAAAGUUCGGAACCCACUCCUCCUAAGGUGACUUGUGCUGGGCAGAUCAAAGUCAGGCACCACCACAAGGCCGAUUGCAAGAGCUGACAGUCUGUUAUGCAAGAUCUUGAGAGAAUCCACCAUCAUCGAAAGCAGCAAAGUAAGAGGUCAUCAGCUACAACUAGCAAUUGGGCGGAGUCUCUUGGGUGCAAGAAGGAAGCCCUGCAUUUCCUCACUUGUCUCAGCAGGAGCAUCCGAUUCGAUCUCCAUCUCUGCUUAACCAAACCUCUGCCCUCCUCUGCUUUUUUCACCGAUUUCAGUAGCGCUUCAGUUUCUUUUACUUUCUGGGUCUGAUUGAAUUAACAACCUUUUUUUGGCUUCCCUCCAAAACAGUAAGCUUUCUAGGCACCAUCUGGGAAUGGGAAAUCCAAUCCUGAUUAGGAUUCAAACCCAGGAAUUGAAUGCAACAUAAAUUUUUGUCGGGUGCAUAGGUGACACACAUUUGUCUACACGAAUAUGUCCUGUCAAGUGGCAGCUCUGUCCCUCCAAAAUAUGGGAGUUUGAGUUACAUAAGAGAAGUAUCUCAUUGGGAUUUUAACUCCCCAAAUGAAUUAGUGCAUUGUGA